CUCAUAUAUUAUUCUGGAUUCUGCAACUUAUUCUAUGUAUAAUUUUCUUUUCUGUAACUUAUAUAGAUAUAUAAGUUUCAUUCUUCUCUUCGAGGCACUCAGAUCCCAUGAUCUGAAUCAAAAAGAGAAAGAAUUAAUUAAAAAAAAAAAACACUAAUGGCAAUUACAGAAACAUCAAGAUCGAGCCAUGAGCUCCCAGUAACAACCCCCACCGCUUCAACCGCGAAAAAGCUAACUUUAGUCCCUUUGAUUUUCCUUAUUUACUUCGAAGUCGCGGGUGGGCCGUUUGGAGAAGAACCAGCGGUUCAAGCGGCUGGACCGCUUCUUGCUAUUCUUGGUUUCCUCAUCUUUCCUUUCAUAUGGAGUGUCCCUGAAGCCCUAAUCACCGCUGAACUCUCCACCGCGUUUCCAGGCAACGGAGGGUUUGUGAUAUGGGCCCAUAGGGCUUUUGGAGCUUUCGUAGGGUCAAUGAUGGGUUCUUUGAAGUUUCUGAGUGGUGUGAUCAACGUAGCUUCGUUUCCUGUACUCUGUGUCACUUACUUGGAUAAGCUAUUCCCUGUUCUUGAAUCAGGAUGGCCAAGAAACGUCUGCAUAUUCGCAUCAACGGUGGUUUUAUCAUUCUUAAACUACACUGGCUUAGCCAUUGUCGGUUACGCAGCUGUUGUUUUAGGUCUAGUGUCUCUCUCACCUUUCCUUGUCAUGUCAGCUAUGGCAAUCCCUAAGAUAAAGCCUCACCGUUGGGGUAGCUUGGGAAGCAAGAAAAAGGAUUGGAAUCUCUACUUCAACACACUCUUCUGGAACUUGAAUUUCUGGGACAAUGUUAGUACACUUGCAGGGGAAGUUGAUAAUCCUCAGAAGACGUUCCCUUUGGCUCUUCUCAUCGCUGUGAUCUUCACUUGUGUUGCUUACCUGAUCCCUCUUUUCGCGGUUACUGGUGCUGUCUCGGUGGAACAGAGCAGGUGGGAGACAGGGUUUCACGCGGAAGCGGCUGAGAUGAUUGCAGGGAAGUGGCUGAAGAUAUGGAUUGAGAUUGGUGCUGUGUUGUCAAGUAUAGGACUUUUCGAAGCUCAGUUAAGUAGCAGUGCUUAUCAGCUUGAAGGUAUGGCUGAGUUAGGGUUCUUGCCUAAGUUCUUUGGGUUGAGAUCGAAAUGGUUCAACACUCCUUGGGUUGGGAUUCUACUCUCUGCUCUCAUGUCGCUUGGAUUGUCCUACAUGGACUUUACAGACAUUGUAGCCUCUGCAAACUUCAUAUACACUUUAGGGAUGUUUCUUGAGUUUGCUUCUUUCGUUUGGUUAAGAAAGAAACUACCUGAGAUGAAGAGACCUUACCGAGUUCCCUUGAAUAUCCCAGGGCUGGUGAUUAUGUGUUUGGUGCCUUCAGCGUUUCUGGUGUUGAUCAUUGUGUUUGCUACCAAGAUUGUGUACCUUGUUAGUGGUUUGAUGACUGUAGGAGCAGUAGGUUGGUACUUCUUGAUUAGUUACCUCAGAGAGAAGAAGCUCUUUGAGUUCAAUGAAGAUGUUGAUCUUCUUGACAAUGGUAAUGGAGACCGUCCAAAGGUUCAAAAUCAUGUCUCAUGAUAGGUCUCUGGUUCGAGUGACCGUUAGGACGAAACUAAUAUUAUAUGAUGUGAUUUCGGGUCUGGCAUUAAAAAAAAUUGUUAUGCUUUUGUAACACUUUUAGUUUUAUUAAAGAGAAAUUGUAUUAUACAACACAAUACUGAAG